UGUGUAGCAGUCUUUUGACAUUCAGUUUGAGUUGAAAACAUGAAGCUUCUAGUGGCAAUUUUAUUAAUAGGAUUUUCCUACUCAGGGAAUGCUUAUAUUAAUCCACAUUGGCGUGCCGGACGAAGUGCUAUGGUGCACCUCAUGGAUUGGAGAUGGCCUGACAUAGCAGCUGAAUGUGAAAACUUUCUCGCUCCGAAUGGGUUUGCUGGUGUCCAAGUAUCACCAGCAAAUGAACAUAAUGUUUUCGACGAUGGCCGUUCAUGGAUGGAGCGCUACGGUCCCAUAAGUUAUAUACUCACAACACGAUCAGGAAACGAAGCAGCUUUUGCUGAUAUGACACGUCGAUGCAAUGCUGUCGGUGUGAGAAUAUACGUUGAUGUUGUUUUCAAUCAUAUGACUGGUUCUGGUGAUACUGGGUCAGCUGGAUCAAGAGCAAAUCUAGCAACACGUGAUUAUCCUGCUGUUCCAUAUUCUGCUGAACAUUUCAACCCAAGUUGUAACAUUAAUAACUGGAAUAAUGGUUGGGAGAUAAGAAAUUGCGAAUUGCUUGGAUUGCCAGACCUGAAUCAAGGCCACGAAUGGGUCCGUUCUAAAAUUGUUGAUUUUCUAAAUCACUUAAUUGAUCUGGGCGUUGCUGGCUUCAGAGUUGAUGCCAUGAAGCAUAUGUGGCCAGGUGAUUUAGAAGUUAUUUGGGGUCGAUUGAAAAACUUAAAUACAAAUUAUGGUUUUGCACCCAAUUUAAGACCGUUUGUUGUCGGAGAAGUUAUCGCUGGGUUCAGCGUUGCUAAUGACGGCUUUCUUGCGAGUGAAUACUUUCAUCUAGGAACAGUUACUGAAUUCAGAUUUUCUGAACAAAUCUCUCGAGCUUUCAGUGGCGGAGAUCUUUUGAAAUGGUUGGGAAACUUUGGAGAAGGUUGGGGUUUUUGGCCGUCACAAUAUGCUUUAACAUUCAUCGAUAAUCAUGAUAACCAACGUGACGGUCACGUUCUGACGUACAAAAACGGAAGAUUAUAUAAGAUGGCAACAGCUUUCCAUCUCGCAUGGCCAUAUGGUGUUCCAAGACUUAUGAGUUCAUUUGAAUUUGUUCAACGUGACACAGGCCCUCCAAGAGAUGCCGUUGGUAAUAUAGUAGCGCCUACAUUUGAUUCAAAUGGUCAAUGUAAUAAUGGCUGGGUUUGUGAACAUCGUUGGCCACAAAUUUAUCGCAUGGUACAGUUUAGGAAUGCUGUUCAGGGAACAUCUGUAAAUAAUUGGUGGGAUAAUGGUGGUAAUCAAAUAGCCUUUUCGCGUGGAAAUCGUGGAUUUAUUGUAUUUAAUGGACAGUUCGGUGUUAACUUAAGUCAAUCACUUCAAACUGGUCUACCAGCUGGAACUUAUUGCGAUAUCGCAAUGGGAGCGAAAGUUGGAAACACUUGCACAGGAGCAUCAGUUGUAGUCGGUUCUAAUGGUAUGGCUUCAAUAUUUUUGAGUGCAUCUGUUGCCGAGGGUUUCCUUGCAAUUCAUGCUGAAUCAAAGUUAUAAAUUAUAAAAAGGUGUUGCGAUACUAUUAACCACCUAUUUUAUUUUCAAUACAUAAGCACAUACAAAACAAAAAAUAAUCUUUUAUUGAUAAGUCGUUCUAUUUAUAAAUAAAAGUUUUACGUCUUCCUUAGUUUUCACAAUUUCCAAUAAAAUAACGAAUUAUAGAAUUUCAAACUUGUCGUGAGAUUUCUAAAACGUAAGACAAAAUAUUUCAAAAAUACAAAUCCACACAAAUAAAAUUAUUUUAAAAUUUAGUAU